AUGGCUUUUUCUUCCAAUAGAACAAUUGCCACUCCACCAGCUGCAUCCGGACCCGAAGUCAGCUUCGGGUCAUGCCUCCCCGAGGAUAGAGUAAGUAAUGAGCCGGGCAGUAUUGGUCACACUAACUCUGCCAGCAUCAUCGCCGUCCAUGGCCUUGGCCCGCCAGCGAAAGGUGAGAAGAAACACGCCUUCGACACGUGGAGAACUCAGUCGGGUCAAAAGGGCCGUCUCUGGCUGCAGAAAGAUCUUCCAGAUCAUAUUUCUGAUUGUCGAAUCUUCUUAUAUCAGUACAACACGACUGCGGCAUAUGGUCGAGGCCUCGACGAAUUUCGGAGCAAGGCGGAUAAUCUCCUCGAAGUCAUCAACAUUGAGAGAAGAGAUUGUCCCGAGAGACCAAUUUUGCUACUUGGUCACAGCAUUGGGGGGUUUUUGAUCCAGCAAGCCCUGAUCAAUGCCCACAGAAACCCAGGAUAUAGUGCCAUUAAAGAUAAUACCACUGGCAUAGUAUUUUUUGGAACACCGCAUGAGCCCAAUACUCAGAAACUUGGUGAUAUAGGCACGGCAAUCGCCAGAGAAGUAGGUCAUGAGGCCAGAUCUGGUUUGAUUGAGUCGUUGCAGGCUGGAAGCAUCUUUUCCGAGCUCGAAUCAUGGAGGCAUCAGGCGCUUCAGUAUAAUACUGUCUCCUUUUGGGGAUCAUCCGAUACUAUGGUCUCUCGCAAGUCCGUUAUUCUUGGAUUGCCUGGAGACGUAUGGAAGAUUGUCGAGCUAGACGCCAACCACAGAGGGCUCUGCAAGUUUGGCAACUCUGAUAAAGACCAACACAACUUGAAACUCGUGGUUGAAAACAUCAAGCGUAUCUACCAAUUGGCGAUCGUGAAGCCCGAGUCCCAUGGUGCUUACUACCCUGAUACGUCUGGCGUUCAGACGCCCCGCACUUCAGAAUAUAGCCAGGACAUGCAUCAUGACAUAUUGGAGGACAUCCGACGUGUCGCAUUGAGCACGACCAAUGAGACAGAGCAGCUGGUAAUGACACCGAGUAAAGAGAGCCAACUCCAAGACGACGAACUAAAUGUUCAAGACUCUUUGCAAACGGCGUUAGACCACUCUGCUAACAAGGACGUACCAAGUAUUACCGGAUCAUCCGUGCAAGAACUUCUCAUCGCGGAAACUGAGGUAAUAGAGUCACUGGCCCAAGACAAGCUUUAUUCCCAGAUUCCCUUUGAGUUGCUCGUUGUGAUCUGGCAGAACUACAGCACUAGCGAUCGCUCUCCUGUCGCGCAUAGACUACCUUUCGACCACUCAGCCCCAGGCGUUAGUAAUAUUACCAACUCCCUCACUGAGACUAUCACUGAGGCAAGCAAGCCAACUGCAAAGGUUGAGGCAAAUGUGAUUAUUGCUACACCUGGUAGUCUUUUGAGCUGUAUUCGUCGUCGCCACGUCGAAACAUCUCAGGUGAGGUUCCUUAUUAUUGACGACGUCGAUUAUCUUGUGGAUUGUCAAGGAUUAGGGCAGCAAUGCAUGUCAGUCGCCAGAGCGUCGCCACAAACUAUCCAAUUUCUACUCUUUUCCGAUCAAUCAACAUCGACCUCGGGGUAUAUAUAUAAUAUGCUCAAGUCCAAUACUUGGGAGAACCACGAGCUGAAGGCGAUCGAGCUUAGUACCAACAAGAUCGCUCAUCUGUUAUUCAGAUGCGGUGGGGAGCGGGAGAAGCUGGAUAUCAUUUGCAAACUCCCUGGUGUUGUGACGAUAAGCCACGCCGUGACGAACCUGUUCGAUACAACUGACGAUGGCGGGAUGCAAAGUCUAUUGGAGAAGUUCGUGACUGGGCAAGCCCAAGUUCUCAUUACAACGGACUGCAAGACCCGGGGCCUUAGUCUUCCCUCUAGCUCCAUGGUUAUCAACUACGAUGUCCCGGAUGCCGACGCUUACCGUUACACUCGUCAGGCUAGUCGCGCUGGCAAAGCUGGUCGCUUUGGGUUCGCAGUGAAUCUUGUAAGCAGCGAGAAGGAAUUGGAAGAUCUUCUGUCAGUCGCAACAUCUCAGUGCAUCGAUAUUGUUAUGGGCGGCUCGGACGAAGAGAGGGAGAAGGAGAAGGAGAAAGAGCGCAAGAGGGAUAUAGUGGGAGACUUUCUGUAUGCGUCAUUUAUGCGUGAAAUAGCAUUGAAGCAUGCAGUGGGUCUCGGCAGCCAGCCCAAUGUCGUCCCAGUCACUGAACCUGUUGUCGAUGGACCUCGUCGUCCUGUCGAGGUUGGAUGGCAUCCUGUCGGCGGAUUCGCCGGAAAGUGGUUUGCGGAAGAGACAGGACUGGGCAAGAUGAUCACGGAGAAGAUCAACAAGUAUCCUGAUCCGACGCAGCACUGGGCUGUUCUCGUUGGUGACUAUGCUCAUCAACUAUGGAUGGAUGAGAACUUUGAUGUCAUUUACACGAAUGCAAAGAUCGAGCGAGACGAGUGGCGGACGUUUCCGGUUGGAGAGACGCGCUUCAAUGAUGACGCCUUAAGGCGAGCUGGCGAAUCAGUCAUCCACAGUAUCAGAGAGAGGCAGCCUACCUACAACCUCAUAACCAACAAUUGCCAGACGUACGUCCUCCAGCUCCUCGACGCCAUUAAGGUUGGUGUGAAUAAAGAGUUCGGCACUACCCUGGCUGUUUACGAGAGAGUUUUUGGACCAGGCAAAAUCAAGGAUCUCUUCGAUGGCCAAGAGAAACCGGAGGAUCAGCAACAGCACCAGAUUGAGCAGGGAGGAGAACCUGGAGCAGAGGCGGGAAUACAGGAGCCGAUGCACCCGGGCAGAUCGGAUACAGUCAAUCUGGCACAGGAUGUCAUGAACCAGAAUACGAAUCAACUAGACACCGAAAGGGAGAUGGAGAGGCACGAGGACGAGAAAGAUGAGAAGGAGAAGAAGAAGAAGGGCUUCUUCUCGCGCUUUAAGCGAAGUAAUAGUUAG